AUACUCAAUAUGAAUAUGACUGGUAUUGAUGUGGAGAAUGUACUGCUCUGUUUUCCACACCAGCCUGACUCAUGUCCCAAAGUACAGCGUUUGGCUGUGCUUCAGGUGCUCAUGUACAUCUUAAUGCUGCCUACAAUCUUCAUGACCGUGUUUGGGAAUCUUCUGGUCAUCAUCACUAUUUCUCAUUUCAAACAGCUGCAGUCUCCAACUAACCUCAUCAUCCUCUCCCUGGCCCUGGUGGACUGUAUGCUGGGCUGUCUGGUCAUGCCCUUCAGUAUGGUGCGAUGGGUGGAAGGAUGCUGGUUCAUGGGUGACAUGUUUUGUAAAAUUCACUCUGGUUUGGAUAUGACCUUGAGUAUCGUCUCUAUACUACACCUGUGUUUGGUAUCUAUUGAUAGAUACAUGGCAAUUUGUGACCCUCUAACUUACAGGACAAAGAUGACAAAGAAAAGUGUGGCAGUGUGUAUCACUGUCCUGUGGGUGUUUUCAUUCGCGUUUAGCUUUGGGGUCGUUCUAUCUAAUGUAAACACUCAAGGUUUGGAGAGCCUUUUAAUCUUAAGUUCCUGUGUGGGAAACUGCGCGUUGAUCUUUAACAGACAGUGGGGUCUUACUGCUGCUCUUGUGGCUUUUUUCAUUCCAGGAACUAUCAUGAGUUCUCUGUACCUCAAGAUCUUUCAUGUUGCAAGAAAACAAGCUAAACUGAUAUCUGAUAGGGUGGUGGUGAUGACCCUGUCAGAGACGAAGAGUUACUCAUCAGAGCAGAGGGAGAGGAAGGCAGCCAAGACUCUGGGCAUCGUCAUGGGAAUCUUUCUGCUCUGCUGGCUGCCGUUUUUUAUCACUACGAUAACUGACCCACUUCUCGGCUUCUCUACUCCGGUGGACGUGUUUGACGUCCUGGUGUGGUUUGGGUACCUCAAUUCAACUUGUAACCCAUUGGUUUAUGGGUUUUUUUAUCCGCGUUUUCAGAGAGCAUUUAAGCUUAUUAUAUCAAAAUAUGUACUCCACCUCAGUAACUCAAGCAGUUUAACACUGUAA